AUGAUGAUUCAGCCACAACAGCAGGAACAACAGAUGGGGGGCGAACAGCCAAGUGUAGAGGACCUUCUGAUGGAGCCAGGUGCACAUGAGAAACGCCGACUGAGGGCAGAUAUAAGCUGUGCGAAUGGUGCCUGUGAUCAUCGCGGAGGGGGUGGUGGAGGCUCAGGAGACGCGAACAAAGCCAAGGCCUCAAGCAUAGCUCAGAAAGCUGCACAGGAGGCAAAGGCUGCCUCAGAGGCACAGCAGGUUGCAGCACAGCAGGCUUCACAUCAGGUGAAAGUUCAAUUAGCUGAGAAAGCACAGGAGGCAGCUGAGGCGGCAAUGGCAGCUUUGGCAGGAAAACAACAACUUGUUGAUGAACUUGAAAGUGAAGUGCGCGAAGCACAAGAAAUUCUGCAAGAAGAAAAUGCAGCUUUGCAAGCCGCUCAGCAAGAAGCACAGUCAGCUAUGACUUCUGCUCAACAAGCUGAACAGGAACUCAAAGUGCUGAACUCCGCUAUCCAGCUGGAAAAGAGUGCUGUGUCGAAUGCUGAAACAACUGCCCAAGGAGCACAGCAGGAAGUGGUCGAGAAGACUCAGGUCCUGGAUGCAGCUAAACGCCGAAUUGAAGCACUCACAAAUGACUUGAAUAGUGCCCGUGCAGACCUGGCUAAUACCAAGCAAGCAGCAAAUAAAGCAGCGCAGGCCGCCCAAGCUGCCCGUACCAAUGCUGCCAGAAACCGACGUAGAUUGAGAGGAAGCCAAACGGCUGACUCCAUUAAUGGCCCAGCAGUUUUACAGGUUCAAGGCACUCCACAACAAAUAAGAAGACAUCGAAGGCACUUUUAUCCAGCAAGGGUCUCAUCUGCAGCUUAA